AGCUGUCAGUUUGAAAUCUCGACUCUUUUAUUUUCUCACGGAAAUUUUUGUUGUCGUUUUUAUCUUUUAAUUUGCGACCUUUUCCCCCCUUCUCGCGGCUCCCGAGGCCCCAAGGAAGUGAUCAGCAACUGAUGGUGCUCAAAGUGGCGUGUGAUAGAGCGUGAAUCUCAGGAUGUUUCAGUGGGUUUUGCGUGCGUGAGCGUUUCUAGGUUAGACAGAGGCUCCGAGUGGGCUUCCAGUGGUGGGCAGUUCCUGGCGCCAGCACCGUCGCUGUCACAGACUCUCUGUUCUCUGCCCCGGGGGCACACUUUGCAGGCGCGCACGGACACGCCUGUCUAGUGGGGCAGCAUGAAGUUCGCCGAGCACUUGUCCGCCCACAUCACGCCAGAAUGGCGGAAGCAGUACAUCAGCUACGAGGAGAUGAAGGCGAUGCUGUACACAGCCCUGGAGGAGGCGCCGUCCGCCGAGACGGUGGAGGAGGACAUCCGGAAGCGCCACUACAGCAACUUUGAGGAGACUUUCUUCCACUACUGCGAGCAGGAGCUGAAGAAGAUCAACACAUUCUUCUCGGAGAAGCUCGCCGAGUCCACGCGGAAGUUCGCCGCGCUGUCCACGGAGCUGAAGCGAUGCCAGGAGGAGAGCCAGAAGGGCAAGUCCAAGAAGUCUUCCAUGAACAAGUACACAGAUAUUCCGUACCGGAAAGCGCAAGAGUUGCGACUGGCCUUCAGUGAAUUCUAUCUGAGUGUGAUUCUGCUGCAGAACUUCUGCGAGCUCAAUCACACGGGCUUCCGGAAGAUCCUCAAGAAGCACGACAAGCUCCUCGCCACGGAUCGCGGCGCCAAGUGGCGGCAGGAGCAUGUGGAGACGUCGCACUUCUACACGAACAAGGACAUCGAUCGCAUUAUCAACGAGACAGAGUCGCUGGUCACGCACGAGCUCGAAGGCGGAGACCGACAGCGAGCCAUGAAGCGCCUCCGGGUGCCGCCGCUGGGGGAGCAGCAGAGCCCAUGGAUCACCUUCAAGGUCGGCCUGUUUUCGGGCGGUUUCAUAGUAUUAUUCAUCACUGUCGUCCUCUCGGCCAUCUUCCACGAGUCCGCGGGCGACAGCCUGAAGGUGGCCUUCCGGCUGUACCGCGGGCCGCUGCUGCUCAUCGAGUUCCUCUUCCUCAUCGGCAUCAACAUCUACGGCUGGCGCUCUUCGGGCGUCAAUCACGUCCUCAUCUUCGAGCUCGAUCCGCGAAACCACCUGUCAGAGCAGCACCUCAUGGAGCUGGCGGCGAUCUUCGGCGUGGUGUGGACACUCAGCAUGCUCAGCUUCCUGUACAGUCCCAGCCUCAGCAUCCCCGCCUUCGUGAACCCCCUCGCGCUGUCCCUCAUCAUGCUCAUCUUCCUCUGCAAUCCCUUCAAGAUCUUCCGUCCCGAGGCGCGCUUUUGGCUGCUGCGCAAGAUCGGCCGCAUGGUGGCGGCGCCGUUCUUCCACGUGGGCUUCGCCGACUUCUGGCUGGCGGAUCAGCUCAACUCGCUCGUCAUCGCACUGCUGGACUUCCAGUUUCUCAUCUGCUUCUACAUCACGAACGGCAAUUGGCUGGAGGCGGCGGAUUCGCGCUAUCACAUGGACAGCGACUACAUCUUGCGACCGAUCGUCAACUGCCUGCCGGCGUGGUUCCGCUUCGCACAGUGCCUUAGACGCUACCGCGACUCCCGCGAGGCCUUCCCGCAUCUCGUGAACGCCGGCAAGUACUCCACCACAUUCCUCGUGGUGAUCUUCGCCACGCUCAAGAGUCGCCAUGCGUCCGAGUACGAGAGCACCUUCGAGAAUCCCUACGUGAUCCUGUGGCUGCUCAGCGCCACGGUGUCCUCAGUGUACGCCUAUUUGUGGGACAUCAAGAUGGAUUGGGGCCUUUUCGACAAGAACGCAGGUGAGAAUCGCUUCCUGCGCGAGGAGAUCGUCUACUCGUCCACGUCUUUCUACUACUUCGCCAUUGUUGAGGAUCUGGUGUUGCGAUUCUCCUGGGUGGCCGCCUUUGUGCUCGGCGAGGCGAGGAUUGUGUCCGGAGAAGUGAUGACUUCGAUCACGGCUCCUCUGGAGGUGUUCAGGCGCUUCGUCUGGAACUUCUUCCGACUGGAGAAUGAACACCUGAACAAUUGCGGCAAGUUCAGAGCCGUGCGGGACAUUUCGAUCGCCCCAAUUGACUCGUCCGACCAAACGACCAUCCUUCGCAUGAUGGAUGAGAUCGAUGGUGUGGUCAACAGGUAUGGCAAGAUGAAUCGGCCAAAGGCGAGGAAAAGCAAGGACCCAGAGAGAAAAUCUCUUCUCUCGCCGUACAAAGGCAGCCUCCAGGAUCUCACCAUCGAUAUGGGCGGGACGAAGAAGCUGUAAGACAGUGAUUCACAGGAUGAAUUGAUCAAUAAUGUUACUUAAAUACUGUUUAUCUCCUCUGUUUUCUCUUCGACACACUGGCGGUAUUUCACAAUGCGCGUGUGUGUUCAUGUUUUAGUCUAGAAUUGUGAGAUACAAAGUCUUCUGAUAUCAUUCCUCUUUUUUUGUGAAAAUAAAGUGCAACACUAUGC